AGAGUCUGCUUUAGCUUCUUUCAGUUCACAAUAAACACCUUCAGAGGAACACUCGCUUAGCUCCUGCUACUAGUGCUUUCCUUGGCCUAUAUAUUUUUUUAUUGGCUUUUUAGGAUGAAUAUUGAUAAUGGAAUACUUUUUUCACCGCUUUGUUUCUUAGUGCAUGUCUGCUUUGCACAGAGUGAUUAUGCCCCAUAUUUUUAUGACAAUGGACCCAACAGUAACAAUGGUAAUUUAGCCCUGUUCAGUCUUUCAGAAGACACACCAAAGGGAACACAGAUAUAUAUUCUAAAUGGAACGGAUCCAGAAGGCCAACCUGUAAGAUAUGGCUUGGCCUUUGAUCCGGGAUCUAAAGAAUAUUUUCGAGUUGAUCCCAAAUCUGGAGUGGUAACUCUGGUAGAAGAACUUAACAGAGAGGCACAGGAUGAGAUUGAGGUCCUUGUCAGUAUUUCAGAUGGCCUUAAUAAAGUUGUUGAAAAGGUACGAGUGUUUGUCAUGGAUGCUAAUGAUGAGCAACCAGUGUUCCAGAACAUGCCCUCCAUUGUGGAUGUGCCAGAGAGCACAGCUUCAGGGAGCAGCAUCUACAAAGUGCAUGCUGUUGAUAAAGAUACAGGCUCAGGUGGAUCUGUCACCUAUUUCCUUCAGAGCAAUAACCCAAACAGCAAGUUUGCUAUUGACCGCCAUAGUGGAGUGCUGAGGAUAAAACCGGGUCAGAACCUGGACUAUGAGAGGUCCAGGACGCAUUUCAUCACUGUGGUGGCAAAGGAUGGAGGUGGAAAUCAUAAUGGGAGAGUCCAGGUGAUGUCAUCCUCUGCAACCUUAACAAUCAAUGUGAUUGACAGUCAGGACACUCCUCCCAUCUUUGUGGGAACACCUUACUUUGGCUAUGUUUAUGAAGUUUCUUCACCUGGGUCUGAAAUAUUCACUGUUUUUGCUAAAGAUGGAGAUAUGGAAAAUCCUAAUCUAAUUGUUUAUUCUAUUCAAAAUGGAGCUGAUGAUGUAUUUGCCAUCAACAAAACAAGUGGAUGCAUCACUCUUCUUGAUUAUCCAGCCCAUUUGAGAAGGGAAAUAUUUAAUAUCAAAGUCAAGGCUUCAGAAGUGAAUUCUGAAGGAGAUCUCAUGGACUCUUCUGUCACCACUGUAACCAUUCGAGUAGUGGACCUGAAUAACCACCCCCCUACAUUUUAUGGAGAGGACGGCCCACGGAACGUGUUUGAGAUGACCAUGUAUGAGCAUCCUCCAGAAGGAGAGAUACUGAGGGGCCUGAAAAUCACUGUCAAUGAUUCAGACCAGGGAGCAAAUGCAAAGUUUAAUCUGAGGCUGGUGGGCCCUGGAAGAAUGUUGAAAGUGGUCCCACAGACGGUCCUUAAUGAAGCUCAAGUCACCAUAUUAGUAGAGGACUCUGCUGCUAUUGACUAUGAGAAAUCUCAGACUCUGAUAUUUAAGCUGCUUGCAGUGGAGAUUGACACUCCUGAGAGAUUCAGUGCCACUGCCGAUAUAGUGAUAAACCUGCUUGACACUAAUGACAAUGCUCCGAAGUUCACCUCUGAUUUCUACAUUGCACGGAUCCCAGAGAACUCGCCUGGUGGCUCUAAUGUUGUGUCAGUGACUGCAACAGAUCCAGACUCUGGUCUCUGGGGUGUCGUCAAAUACUCCAUCUAUGGCUCAGGAUCAGACCUGUUUCUCAUCCAGUCGGAUUCAGGGAUCAUCUACACCCAGCCAUGGGCCAGCCUCGACGCUGAAGUCAAAUCCAAGUACAACUUCUAUGUGAAGGCUGAGGACACAGAGGGGAAAUACAGCCUCGCUGAAGUUUUUGUCACUGUGUUAGACCUCAAUGACCACCCACCCGAGUUUAGUAAUGAUUCCCUAGAGAAGACCAUGAUUAUUGGUGCUCCUGUGAAAAUAGAGGCAGUAGAUGAUGAUGCGGAAGAACCCAACAACGUUAUUGAAUACUCCAUCAUGAAGACAGAACCAGACAACAUAUUUGACAUCAAUGCACAGACGGGAGAGAUUAAACUGAAGUCCUACAUCAAGUCUAUGGACAUUGUGCAGAACAUCACUAAUCAGAGAGAUUGUACCUGGUCUGUUGUGGUCCAGGCAAGAGACAGAGGCUCUCCAUCUUUCAGUACCACCACUAUCGUCAAGAUUGACAUCACAGAAGCGACUCAACUCAGGGGACCUUUUGCCUAUUUGUUUAUGCAAAGUAGAGAAAAUCCCAUGCAAAUCCUAGGCUUGUUCGCUGGUGUCAUUAUGGUCAUGGUUACUGUCACAGUCUUGAUAUCUACAGUCUUGUUCUUGCGAAACAAAAAGUCCAACAAGAUCUUGCCUUCCCGACGUAUUAUAAGGAGGAGAGCCAAACAUCGCAAGCAGUGGAACUUCCAGAACCCCUUCAAACCACAGAACAAUGGAGAAAAUUUCAUGAUGAAAGAAACUGACGUUCCAACAGCAGAGAACAUCAACUGUAAUAACAACAGCGUUGGUUCCCGGUGGUCUCCUCCAACACCUCCCAGAGCCCCCAUGCCUCCUCCACUGCCUGGCUAUUCCAGACCUGGGGAUAGAUCAUGGGCAGUACCAACUGUUUCUGCUGCUGUAGCUUCUAAAUCAAAUCGGAGGCCUUGCAAACAUAAACAAGAGAACCCCAUUAACACAGCACUGGUCUCUGAACUCAAACUAAGACUGGAACAGAAGAGGAUGACAAACCGAUACUAGUGCUUUAAUACUUGUGUGUCUGUGUUUGAUCUACGUUUGUAUGUGCUCGCAUUAGACUGGACGUCCAGCCGAGUUUAAGACACGUGCAAACUCUGCUGAUUAUCUGGUCACAAAUCACCUGAGCAAGCUUUGCUCAACUUCUGAGCUUGAAGACACGACUCCAACCGGCGGGAUUGCACUCCUGUGUCACUGCCAAGCAGCCAAGCAUGCAAUCUACUUACUGCAUGUUUUCUAAGUCUUUCCAUCUUGAUCCAGGGCAGCAGGUGGAGCCUGAGAAGGCACUGUGACCCAGGCACUUGCUCACGCUAGGCCAGUAAGCCUGUUUUUCCCAUGUAACGCCUUCUUAUGGCUUAUGGUAACUAAAACCCCAAACUACAAGCUACAGUCUCAGCAAAUAAGGAUUCUUUAUAGUGCUGAAAAUGGGUUUUUUUGAAUCAUCACCCUUGUUGAUGCUACGAAGAACCUCUUUUUUCAGAAAUGACAACCCUUCACAAUUUCCACUUUAUUUCCAGAACAAAUAUGAAUUUCCAAACAAAAAAUAUAUGAUUUGUUAUUUUUUGAGAUUUAUAUAUCUAAGUACCUUAGAUCUUAAUAUUGGAACCUUUUGAUGAAUCUUCACAAUGCCAAACAAUGUACAAUGAUGUGCUGGUUUACAGGUAAUUUAUUUGUAGUGACUUAUUUGAUGUUUUUCACUAUUACAUUAUUACUAUGUAAAUAUUUGUAAAUAUUUACAGGUCCUAGAUGUUUAAAAGAGUAAGUUACGUAUAUUUGGUUUUGUUAUCAAAAUGUCUUGAUUUGUUUAUAUGUAUGCAUUCACUUUUUAUAUAUUUGUACAAAUAUCUGUUGUGACUGUGUAAAAUAAGCUACAUAUAAGUAAAUAUGAAAUGUUACUCAACAAUAUUGGAUAUAAUCUAUUUUGAUGUAAGUUUGUACAUUUUCUUCUCAUACCCUUUAUUAAAUAUGUGUUUAUAUGUGAUUUUAUGUAAAUAAAUUCCACUGGUGAGUAUGGAUU